UUAACAUAGUUUACCCAUUUUUGAAUAGGUUCCGUUUUGACCGAACUAGGUGGAUUCUACCAACAUUUGGGUUGAUUUGAAAUAGCGUGUAGGGCCUUUAGUAGUAGUAAAAUAACUUUUUUUUUCCAGUGAAGGAAAGCCCAUUCCAAUAAAUUGGAGUGAAGGUCCUUUCAAGCCUCUUCUCCGAUAGUAAUAAAAUCUUCAAUAUUUUCUAAUGAAGUUUGCAAUAGAGCACUAUCCAAUGAGCUGGAUUACUCUAUGAAGUGCGACGGUAGCUUAUAAUCUAAUUCAAUACUUAUAAUAUAUAACAAUGCUCAAACAGGGACUUUCUAUCUAUUAAUCAACCGAGUUGCUAGUUGGAGAACACAAGAGCAUGGAAUUCAGAAACAUAUGAUAUUACUGGAGUGAUGCCUGCGUUGACGUUUAGAUGAAACAAGGGUCGCCCGAUACUGGUGACAACGAUGAAGACCCGUGUUUCUGUAAUGCGAGGUCAAGUGGUAACACCCCAAGGACUUGGCAUAAUCGGAAUUCGUGUGUCGGUGGAUCGUGACUCGAGAUUUGGCUUCACUUUGACACGACAAGGUGGAUGGUUCGAUGUACUAGUCAACGGUGGAGGAGCAGUGACAUUACAGUUUCAAAGGUCUCCUUUCCGUCCACUUACACGUACUGUUUUUGUCCCAUGGAAUCAGAUAGUAGUACUUCCACCUGUACAAAUGCAAAUAAACGACGAAGAUGACCAAUCAAGAUUAGCUAUCAAAUCCAUUCCGGCAAAUCCUGCCUAUAGUUUUCUAAGCACAUCUCAGUAUCGCUUCCUCGAAGAUAACCCUUCACCUGUGGCAAUAUGUCUCGAACAUGAUCACGAAUUACUAAAGCCUCAACUGACGAGUACUUGGAUGCCGAACGGCGUUGGGUCAAUACCAGGAAAAAGCGUAAUUUUCGCAGAAACACAGAUUGUUCAAGAGUCUAUCCAAAUUCCUGGUUCGGAUCUUCACCUUACCUAUCAAACAUCGCAGGCAUCAGGCUACAAGAGCAUAGUGCGGAUGCAAUUAACACACGACCAAAUACCUGAAACGCUCACCCAUGUACACAUUGGAGUACAAAUCGAAGGAUCUUUGCACGUUAAGACCUAUGAAGCGGAUCCCAACUUGAGCUACAUCUUUGCAUGGAACAAACGAAAUGUGUACAAACAGAAAGUUUAUGGAACGGCAGUCGCCAGGAUUUCCAUUGGCUAUCAACAUUCUACCUGUAAAGAUAUUGUAUGGGAGACUCAGACAGCAAAACUACAAGGCUUUGAAGUAGAUAUAUCGGAUAUCGGCGGUUGGGGCUUGGAUAUUCACCAUCAUUACAAUUUCCAUGAAGGCAUAUUGCAAAAGGGUGACGGAACAACAUUACAUUUUAAAGAGUAUCCACGAAUUGUUAAACAAGUAAUGGGAGAUGGUCAGCAACGGCAACUUAACUGUAAAGACCAUUGCAAUGGCCUGUCUAAACAUGCUAGACUAUUAACCCCAGUAGCGCUCACAUCGGGCCCUGACGGAAGUCUUUACGUGGGUGAUUUUAACCUUGUGCGUCGAAUAACUACUAACGGCAGUGUUUUUACCAUUCUGGAGCUGGAAACAACACAGGUAGCCUACCAGUAUUAUUUAAGUGUGUCUCCAGCGGAUGGGCACUUGUACAUUUCUGAUCCAGAAAAGCAUAAAAUACUAAGAGUGGUACAAUUAGAAAAUGUUCCUGAUCCUACAGCAAACAGUGAUGUAGUGGUAGGAAGCGGACAGCGAUGUAUACCUGGAGAUGAGGAAAAUUGUGGCGAUGGGGGUCCAGCCAAACAAGCACGAUUAUCUCAUCCAAAAGGAAUUGCCAUAGCAGCCGAUAAAACCAUGUAUAUUGCUGAUGGAACAAACAUAAGAGCAGUUGAUCCAAAAGGCAUAAUUCAUACUCUGAUAGGUCACCAUGGACAUCACAACCACUGGAGUCCAGCUCCUUGUCGCGGAGCUCUACUUGCGACCAGAGCCCAACUGCAAUGGCCCACAGGACUUGCUCUUAAUCCACUUGACGGUUCCCUCCAUUUUAUCGACGAUCGACUUGUGUUGAAACUAAGCGCUGAUAUGAAAAUCAAAGUGGUGGCCGGUGUUCCUCUUCAUUGCAAUGGAAAUGAUGAAAAUAAUAAAACAAAUUCAGAUGAUGUCCUUGGCACGGUGGUAGCAAUGGCUUUUGCGCCAUCAGGCGAUUUAUACAUUGCUGAUACCGAUUCAAGGAGGGUUAAUUCUAUACGUGUAGUUGACUCAACAGGAAACAUGCGCUCAUUUGCAGGCAGAAUAGAAAACGGAGCGCAAUGUGAGUGUAACGGUGCCAAUAAUAGCAACAGCCAAAGUCUCAAUGGUUAUAAUUACAGUACAAUUACGCCAGUUACAAUGAAUCCUGUAAAGUAUGGUGGCAGUGGUGUUAGUCCUGGUUCUACAAUGCCACAGAACCCUUCUGUAACGAUGAUGAUGACCGGGUGUUUAUGUAAUAAUUACGGUAGUUUUAAAAAUUAUCAAGGUAGUGCCAGCAGCAGUAAGAGCAAAAAAGAGGACAUGCCCACAGUGCAACCCGAAACGGUUUUAUCAUCUAACAUCAAAUUUCAAGCUAUCUCAGCAAUUGCAGUUGCUCAAGAUGGUGUCAUUAACAUUGCGGAUCAAGGAUCUCUUCGGAUCGUUGCACUGCAGCACUACCUGCCGCAGCAUGACACAAACGGGGAAUUUCAAAUUCCGUACACACCGACAAACGAAAUUUAUGUCUUCAACCGCUACGGGCAACACGUUGCAACAAAGGAUCUCUCUUCUGGGAAAACACGUUAUUCAUUUCUCUAUUCGAAGAACACCAGCUUCGGAAAAUUAUCGACCGUUACCGAUAGCUCGGGAAAUAAAAUACAAUUUUUACGCGAUUACAGCAAUGUCGUGAGCUCAAUUGAGAAUACCCAGGAUCACAAAUCAGAACUGAAAAUCUCUUCUAACGGUAUGCUAACAAAAAUUAUUGAACGGAAAGGAAAAUCCGAGCUGCAAUUCGAUUAUGACAGCAAUAGUGGUUUACUUCUUAGUCGAACCGGAAACAGUGAAACGUUCAUCUAUCAGUAUGACGAAUAUGGACGUGUAACAAAUGCCAUCCUACCGAGUGGAGAGGCUUUCAAAAUAACAACCGUUUUGGGAGAGAAAAAUGAUGAUUUGGGAGUACAAAUAAGCGAAAGCAUUAAUUCUCACUUUGCACAGGAGCAAGCAACAUCAACUGUGUUCUCACUGACCGGCGGGAUAAAGAACGCGAUUAUCGUAAAGGAUGCCGAAGUGACCAAUGCGAAAAUAAACCACAUCAACAGUACGCUAUCGGUUUCACGCACCGAUAAUAUUGGCAUAGAAUCAGCGGCCGUUGCCGCCCAUCCAUACUUGGAGAAAAUUAUGCCAAUUGAAGCUGAGAUGUUGCCAAUGUGGUCUCACCAGACUGUUAAGAUGGGAGAUAACUUAAUCAAUUCGAUGUAUUCAAAGUACAGCUAUGUGACCAAUGAAAAUAACCGUAUACCACAGCAGCGAUUCAGCCGAGAAAUUUGGAUAAAUAAUAGCCGAGCGAUAAGAAUAGAUUAUGAACAACUGCAAAACCGAGAAACCUUUUUGAACAAGUAUGAUGAAAUCAUACUGACAAUAUUAUACGACCAAUCUGGUCUGCCAAUAUCGUACUAUCCAGGCGGUGAGACUAGUAGGUUCUAUCCUUUGAACAUUACUUAUGAUCGAUUCAAUCGAGUAGAAGGAUGGCAGUGGGGACCUGCAGAGCUGAAAUAUAACUACGACAUGAAUGGCUUACUUUCAGAAGUAACUAGCCAACAAGACGGAAUUAUUUCGUAUUCCUACAAUGAAUUAAACCUGUUAUCUGAAAUUUCAUUGGGAAGUCAACGCAAGUUUAAACUAUCUUAUGAUACGAACGGGGGCCUGCGACAUAUUACUCUACCAAGUGGUACGAAACAUUCAUUCAGUAUUCAACCAUCCAUCGGAUUUGUACGGUUGACUUAUACUCCGCCUGGCAGCAAUAAACCCUAUCUUCAGCACUAUUCCUAUUCUGGUGCACUACUGCAGACUAUAUAUCCUGGUGACGGAGCACGGAUAGUGUAUCGCUACAACAGUGCAAAUCUUGUAUCGGAAAUUGUUCAUGGUGAUGGUCGUAGCGAGUUUAGUUAUGCAACGGCUUCCAGUAUGCCAUCGGCAGUUGUUCAUACAGAACGUGAUUUGGAAUAUCGUUGGGACUUUGACUACGUGGGGGGUCUUUUAAUGGAAGAAAGGAUAGACUUUUCGGCAAAAACAGGAUUGUCUAAUGCCAAAUUUAGUUACGAAUAUGACAACAACUUUCGCUUGACAUCAAUUCAAGGACGUAUUGGGGGACAAAAUCUACAAAAUCAAAUUUUGGCAUAUAGUGAAAAAACCGGUAGUUUAUCUCAAAUUGGACAGUUCAAAGUAUCCAAUCCAACUGUUAACCAAACCACCGUCGGAGACGGUACGGCUACGUUCGCUCGUACAAUCAAUGGCCGUUUUCUGGAAACUCUUAUUACGGUAAUGAUUCAUCGAAUGGCGGUAUUUCGGAUGGAAUUCACACACGAUAUACAUGGUCGAAUUUCUCAAACACGAACAUACACUCGCAAUGUAGGCGUUAAUACAUACACAAACGUAAAAAAUUACACCUGGGACUGUGACGGACAGUUGAUAGGCGUUGAAGCACAAGAGCCAUGGGGCUUCCGAUAUGAUGAUAAUGGCAACAUGCUUUCAUUAACCUACCGAGGUAAUACUAUUCCUAUGGAGUACAGUAGUACGGAUCGAAUAUUGAAAUUCGGUGAAGGACCCUACAAAUACGAAGCUCGUGGUUUAGUGGCUCAAAAUGCCCGUGAAGAACGCUUCCAUUACAAUACACAAGGUCUGCUGAUAAGAGCAACAAAACGGGGACGCUUUGAUGUGCGUUACUAUUAUGACCAUUUGAAUCGGUUAAUCACCAGGAAGGAUAAUUUCGGAAACGUUACACAAUUUUUUUACAACGAUCAGGAACGCCUGAAUGAGGUAAGCCAGAUCUACUCACCUCGUGAUGGAAAAUUGAUGUCUCUUACAUACGACGAUCGUGGCCAUUUGAUAUACGCACAAGUUUACCGACACAAAUACUAUAUUGCAACGGACCAAUGCGGAACACCGGUAAUGAUGUUCAAUCAGUACGGAGAAGGAAUUCGAGAAAUUAUGCGAUCCCCAUAUGGGCACAUAGUAUACGAUUCGAAUCCCUAUUUGUACAUGCCGAUUGAUUUUUGUGGCGGAAUACUUGACCAGGUGAGUUUGAAGCUAUGUUUUAUAAAUUAG